AUGCGCUGGGCCCCGCUGGUGUCCCCCUGGCCCGAACCCCGAUGCGCUGGGCCCCGCUGGUGUCCCCCUGGCGCGCCGGGCACGAGCCGCAGGGAGCUCAGGAAGCGCCGCGGGCGAGCGAGUGUCCCGCACGGCACGGAGCCCCCGGGGACUUGGGGCCCAGGAGCCCCCCGAGAGGGGGCGCCGAGGGAGGUGCGCACGAGGGCUGAGGGCGCGGCCCCUUUCUGCUGCGACCCCCUCCGUGCCGGCGCCCCCAGAAGUCUGGGCUCCAAGCGAGGAGGGCGCGCGGGCUCAGGGGGGCCCGGGAUGGGGCCUCGGGCGCUGCUGCAAGUCCGUGUCCCCCCAGGGCCGCCAGGGCCCCGCAGACCCGCCGGGCGUGGGCGCCGCUCAGCGCAGGCCGGACGCUGGGCCGCGGCGGGUCCGCAGCCGGCCGGCCCGGACGGAGGCGCAGCCCCAGCUCCGAGGGGUGCGAGCAAACCACGGGCAUCGGGGGCCGCGCGCGGGGGACGGGGUUUCUCAGAGGCGAGCGCGCCCCGCCGCCCGGGCGCCCAGACAGCGUCCACCCGGCUGGACACGGGCGGGGACCAGAGACGGAGGGAGCCGCCGGCCCUGCCGGGACGGCGCGGCCGCCCCCUGCGCCUCCGCAGACAGAGGCCAGCACGGCCCUGGCCUCCCGGCCGCGCCCUCCGGCCGCACCGCCUCCCGCAGGUCGAGUCUGAGCCCCGCAGCUCUCAGAGCCGCGGGGGGCCGGGCGCGGGGCGCGGGCGCUGCCUCUUCUCCGCGCGCGUCCCUUCCUCGCGACCCCUCCAGCGCUGGGGUUCCUGCGCCCGCGAGCCUCGGAGGCCCGGGGAGCCCUUCCUGAGGGCAGCAGGCUCCAGCCCUGGGGUGCGAGGCGAGGGCGGGGGAGCCGCCCCCAGCCGGUCCUGGGCUCCCCCGGGCCCCCGAGCUGCCCUUGGCCAGGCCGGCCGCGCGCCCGAGGCGGGGCCCAGGGCGUCCGCGCAGCUCGUGGCCACUCAGCCGCUGCCCAGCGUGGCCCGAGCCCGCGGAGCGGUGGGCGCCGGGAGGCAGGGCCCGUGGCGGCCAGUCCCGGAGGGGCGCAGCAUGGCCGGGGCGCCGUCCCCCUCCCCUGCCCGGCGCUGUCCAGGCCCGUCCUCAGCACCCGGGCCGGGAGCCCCGACGGCCGUGGCCACGCCCCCCCUGCCUUCUCCUGGGUCCUCGGCCUGCCAGCGGGCGCGCGCGGCCCCAGCGUCCCGCAGGCGCGUCCAGCCCGGGUCGGCGCCUCCAGGCCCAGGUCCUGCUGCCGGACCCUCCCCGCCUGGCCCGGGCUGGGCUGGGCGCGGCGCCCGCGGGAAGCGGGUGUCUGGUCCGGUGCGCGGCGGGGCCGAGGCGCCCCAUUCCCGGCUCCGGAACUGGAGUCAGGAAGACGGACGCGGCUCUCCCUGCGCGGGACCCCCGCCGGCGCCCGCCGCCUCUCCCCGUGCGGUCCGCGGCUCCCCGGGGGCCGGGCCGCGGCGGGGCAGCGGGGAGGCGGGCGGUUCCUGCCCGCGGCCCCGGAGCCCCUUUCUGGAGCCGCGGCGUUUCCAGGAACCGCCUCCCCGGGAGCCGCGGCCCGGCCCUGUCCUGCCCCGGGGCCGCCAUUCCCGCUCUGACUCGGAGUUCGGCUUCCAGAAGGUUCUGCAGGCAGCGCCGAGCCCUGCUGUGCGCCGCGUCCUCGCGCAGAGGAAGAACUCGGCGUCCCCCGAGCCCCCGCACGGCAAGUCCCGCCCGAGCCCAGAGGCCGCUCCUGCCCCGCCCCCACCCACCCCGCCCCCACCGCCCCCCUGCGCCCCCCUGCGCCCCCGGAGGAGGAAACUGAGGACCCCGGGGCGAGACCCGCGGUUCCCGCCGCCGUCCAGCUCCGGGCAGCGCCAUGGACGGGCCGCCGCCGCGCUGCGCUGCUCCUCUGACCCCCAAGCGGCUGAUGCUCCGGCAAGGGCCCAGCAGCAGCCCUGGAAGGAUCCAGAAGACCAGGGCUGCUCCAGUGAGCAGGUGGCCGAGCGUCUGGCGGAGGAAAGAGACCACGAGCAGCCGCCCUUCCAGUGCCUGGCGCAUGGGCGUGCCAGUGCUGGAAAAUCUAUGCCGCUCAUUGGGCUGUUUCUGAAUCGGGUUAUCUGUCUUCGGACCGUGGAGCUGCAGGAGUUCCUGGUGCUCAGCGUGUGGCAGGCGACCCGCGGCGUCCUCCGGCCUCCCGGGAGGCUUUUCUCUCUCAGCGUGAACUCCUCGCCCGCUUACCGUCGCUUACUGCUCUCGCUUUAG